UGUUGGCGGAAGCUGGGGGUGAGAGGUGACGGCGCGGCCCGGCCCGCUCGCUCGGGCAAAGACGCGGAGCCUGGAGAUGGUGACGGUGAUGGCGGCGGGAGCGGGGUAGACACCGGCCUCACACCGGGGAGCCCGCACCCGGACCCGCACCCGGCCGGCAGCCCACACACGGUGUGAUUUAUGAAGCUGAAGGUGACAAGCCUUGAAUGGAUAUUUGAAGAUGAGACGAUUAAACAAGAGAAAGGCGUUGAACUUAGUGAAGGAGCUCGAUGCAUUCCCAAAGAUUCCUGAAAGUUAUAUUGAAACAUCAACCAGUGGUGGUACAGUUUCUAUAAUUGCCUUUACCACCAUCGCUGUGUUGUCCAUGAUGGAAUUCUUUGUCUAUCAGGACACGUGGAUGAAGUAUGAUUAUGAAGUGGACAAAGAUUUUUCCAGCAAACUACGAAUCAAUUUAGAUAUUACAGUUUCAAUGAAAUGCCACUAUAUUGGGGCAGAUGUCCUUGACCUGGCUGAAACUAUGGUUGCUGCUUCAGAAGGGUUGAAAUAUGAACCAACAGUUUUCGAAUUAUCUUCACGUCAGAAAAUAUGGCAAAGAACACUUCAAAAGAUCCGCCGGAAAGUGCAAGAAGAACAUUCUCUGCAGGAUCUUUUAUUCAAGAGUGCGUUUCGAGGCUCGCCUACAGCUCUACCACCCAGGGAAGACAAAUUAUCUUAUCCACAUGAUGCCUGCAGGAUUCAUGGACAUUUAUACGUCAACAAAGUGGCAGGAAAUUUCCACAUCACAGUGGGCAAGGCCAUCCCUCACCCGAGAGGUCACGCACAUAUGGCAGCUCUUGUUAGUCACGAUGUGUAUAAUUUUUCUCAUCGAAUAGAUCACUAUUCAUUCGGGGAGCCCAUCCCAGGCAUCAUCAAUCCGCUGGAUGGAACAGAAAAAAUCGCCAUAGAUCAUAAUCAGAUGUUUCAAUACUUCAUCACAAUUGUGCCAACAAAACUUAACACGUACAAGUUCACGGCAGAAACCCAUCAGUAUUCAGUGACAGAACGGGAGCGGGUGAUUGACCAUGCCGCUGGCAGCCACGGGGUGUCGGGCAUUUUUAUGAAGUACGACAUCAGCUCUCUAAUGGUGACGGUGACGGAGCUGCACAUGCCCCUGGGGCAGUUCCUCGUCCGCUUGUGUGGGAUCGUUGGAGGCAUCUUCUCCACCACAGGCAUGCUGCACGGAUUUGUGGGGUUCUUGGUCGAUGUGGUCUGCUGCCGUUUCAAGCUCGGAGCCUACAAACCUAAAGCCGCGACUGCACUCGAUGGCCACAUAAAUAAUCAUUCUGUCCCAAUUCUAGAUGACUGUGAACACUAGCGUUAUGCAGGGAUGAAAAUGGAUCAAAAACUCUCCUCAAAUCUUGAUGUGCGCAAAAAAAAACUAUUUUUGGAUGGCACAAUUUUGUUUUAAUAAAUCGUUAGUUGCGUUCUAGAAUCUACAAUUCCAAUCCCACUCAAGACAUUAUAGGUCAAGUAGUUUUAUUACCUCUGGAUGAUGGUCUGCUUUUAAAUGAUUCCGUGUCUUUAUUUAAAAGAAACUCAGAGACGUUCAAUGUCAAGUCGUAGAAUGACCUUCGGAUGAUGGACUGGUUACUAAAUUCAAUGUUUCAUUUAAAAUAAAAAGGGAAAAUGAUCAGUA